AUGAAGACCCACAGACGCAGACUACGCUAUAACUCCGCCAAAGUCGGCGCUCCUGCAGCGACCGCCAGGACGGAGCUUGUGCCCAAGCAGCCGGUGAAGCGGCGAACGCGCCAGCAGCGCUCGCGUCGCGUCAGCCCAGUGAAGGCGCGCCACAGCAACGCAACGCAACAGGCUCAUGAUCUUCCAAGUGCGACCUGGAGCGACGUCCAAGAGCAGCUCGCAGGAGCCAGGAAUCUGGGGGAACUUACGCAGAUCAUGCUGCAAUUCUUUGAGAAGCACGAAGACCUUCAGGAUGCUGGAUCUGUUCCUGAGUUUCCCAUCUUCGUUCGGGCCAGUGAGAUCUACAAGAUGAAGGUGCCGAAGAAGAGGAGGAUCUACGACGUGCUUAACGUGCUGGAAGGGAUUGGAGUGAUCAAGCGAGUUCGCUGCGUCGAGACCCGGAGGACCAAGGGCGGCUUCCUAUACUUUGGAAAGGAUGCAGUGAUUCAACGGUUGGCGGAGAUGCAGAGCAACGCGGCACAAGUAAUGGUGAAUUUUCGCCAGCGUCGUGGCUUGAAGGCAUCCAGCAUUGCGGAGCAAGAUAGUGCUCUGGUGCAAGCAAUCGAAGAGAAGGCAGCAGCAGAGAAGUGGACGAGCUUGGCGUCUACGACGGUUUGCUUCCUGAGUUUGCUGUUUCUACAAGAUUAUCAAGUCGAGAUGGCGGUACCUGGAAUGAGCGAGAGGCUUGUCAAAGCCAAGAAAAGCAUUGGCGCCUUGGCUUCGACAUCGCCGCGGAAUGAACCUCCGUAUAAUGACGUGCAGCGCCGAGUGUAUGAUGCAGUGACUGUGCUGGUGGCCUGCAAUUUGAUUCUCACAACGGCAAUCGCAGCUACGCCAGCGGAAUCUUCGAGAGAGCUUGCCGACAAAAGUCAACGAAAACACGUGCGGUUCAACUAUGAAAUCUUCACAGACCCAAGAUUGCUGUUUUCGCCUAGCAACUCUCAAGUGCAGUGGGGCUUCAGUGCAAGCCAGGAGGAGUGCCUUGGUGUUACAGAGUCAAGCGUUUACGCUCACAAAAGACCUGUGCCAAGAAGUCUCCAGGAACACUUGGUAUCUCCCCCAUCGGCGUGUUGGGAAAACGAUCAGGCUGUGUCGCCUGAAGUUCCUCUAUUUACCAAUGGCGACAACUGCAAACCGCCACCCGGCAACUCCGCGAAAACACGGCCUGUUCAUGUUUUCUUCUCUCCUUUGGGAAUGAAGCUGCCGGAGAAAAAUGAGUGGUACGAUGAGUCGCUGAAACAGCUUGGCCGGUACGGUGCUUCUCCUUCGGAAGGCAAAAUUUACUGGGACCCGAGCCCCCAACUCAAGGGAACUCACUGUGAGCUGUGGGGACCACCGUACACGGCAGCUACUGCAUUCUACGCACCAGUCGAGAUGGUUCGGAUCGACGGGGCAGACGAGAAGCUGCCAGCUCAGCUGGUGGACCUGAAGUGCCACGAAAUUCAGGUCGACGAUGAAACCAGCAUCUUUUUGUGCUGA